GCCUCUGGGAACCUGGAAAAGGGGAACCGCGAGCAAGCGAACGACUCAGUCCCCGGGCGGCGGCGGCGGCGGCGGCGGCGGCGGCGGCCGUGAGGGGGAGGCGCGACGGCCGGGGCGGGGGCAGGCGGCGGGGGAGGCGGUGGCGGUCCGCACCAGCCAUGCCGAAUAAAAACAAGAAGGAGAAAGAAUCACCCAAACCAGGGAAAAGUGGAAAAAGUUCAAAAGAAGGACAAGACAUAAUAGACUCAGAGAUUCCCAGCAGGAAAAACAGCCUUAUUGCUACGCCGUCUGCAGUAUCUACUAAAAUAAAAGUGCCAGCCCCUCAGCCCAUAGUGAAGAAAGACAAACGGCAAAAUUCUUCCAGGUUUAGCGCCAGCAAUAAUAGAGAACUUCAAAAACUACCAUCUUUAAAAGAUGUUCCUCCUGCUGAUCAAGAGAAGCUUUUUAUCCAGAAGUUACGUCAAUGUUGUGUCCUCUUUGACUUUGUUUCCGAUCCGCUCAGUGACCUAAAGUGGAAGGAAGUAAAACGAGCUGCUUUAAGUGAAAUGGUAGAAUAUAUCACCCAUAAUCGGAAUGUGAUCACAGAGCCUCUUUACCCAGAAGUAGUCCAUAUGUUUGCAGUUAACAUGUUUCGAACGUUACCACCUUCCUCCAACCCCACGGGAGCAGAAUUUGACCCAGAGGAAGACGAGCCAACGUUAGAAGCGGCCUGGCCUCACCUGCAGCUUGUUUAUGAGUUUUUCUUAAGAUUUUUAGAGUCUGCAGAUUUCCAACCUAAUAUAGCGAAGAAAUAUAUUGAUCAGAAGUUUGUAUUGCAGCUUUUAGAGCUCUUUGACAGUGAAGAUCCUCGCGAGAGAGAUUUUCUCAAAACUACCCUUCACAGAAUCUAUGGAAAAUUCUUAGGCUUAAGAGCUUACAUCAGAAAACAGAUAAAUAAUAUAUUUUAUAGAUUUAUUUAUGAAACAGAGCAUCACAAUGGCAUAGCAGAAUUACUGGAAAUAUUGGGAAGUAUAAUUAAUGGAUUUGCCUUACCACUAAAAGAAGAGCACAAGAUUUUCUUAUUGAAGGUGUUAUUGCCUUUGCACAAAGUGAAGUCUCUGAGCGUCUACCAUCCUCAGCUGGCCUACUGUGUGGUGCAGUUUUUAGAGAAGGACAGCACGCUCACGGAGCCGGUGGUAAUGGCACUUCUCAAGUACUGGCCAAAGACCCACAGUCCAAAAGAAGUCAUGUUCCUGAACGAAUUGGAAGAGAUUCUGGACGUCAUAGAGCCGUCAGAGUUCGUGAAGAUCAUGGAGCCUCUUUUCCGGCAGCUGGCCAAGUGUGUCUCCAGCCCCCACUUCCAGGUGGCGGAGCGGGCACUGUAUUACUGGAACAACGAGUACAUCAUGAGCCUGAUCAGCGACAACGCGGCCAAGAUCCUACCCAUCAUGUUCCCAUCCUUAUACCGCAACUCCAAGACCCACUGGAACAAGACAAUACACGGCUUGAUAUACAACGCGCUGAAACUCUUCAUGGAGAUGAACCAAAAGCUGUUUGAUGACUGCACCCAGCAGUUUAAGGCAGAGAAACUGAAAGAGAAGCUAAAAAUGAAAGAACGAGAAGAAGCGUGGGUUAAAAUAGAAAACCUAGCCAAAGCAAACCCCCAGUAUGCAGUGUAUAGUCAAGCGAGCACCAUCAGCGUCCCGGUGGCAAUGGAGACAGAUGGGCCUUUAUUUGAAGAUGUGCAGAUGCUGAGAAAGACAGUGAACGAAGAGGCUCGCCAGACAGGAUCGGACGUCACUACGGGCACACUCUCAGGGCCAUCCAGACCGCACAGCCCCACACAGCAGCCAAGAGGCGCGCAUGACCCGUGGCCGUCUGUGGCCAACAACACACCCGGGGGACUCCCAGGCGUAGUACACAGAAGAGAACCUAGGAAGCCCUCAUACAUAGCUCUCUGUUACUGACAAGGUGUUGAAAUGCUACUGUUUUGGACAUACUGGCUUAAAUAAUAAAUAUGAUGCAAAUAAUUUUCAUUUAUUGCAUUUCACCUUUUCAGCGUGACUGCUAGACAGUCUGCAAUUACCUGUGUGGCCGGCACUGUCUUCCAACCGGGCAGCAGGGGCCCAGACCCCCUUUUCACGGGGCUGCCGGACCCACCCAUGCCCCCUCCUGCCCGGCUAGCUCUUGACCUCAGGUUAAGAUAAAGGCAGGUGGAUGCAAACACUGAAACUACAGUGGAAAAACAUCAGUGAUGCAUUUUUUACUUAAUCCAGUUUGGAUUCCAUCAUUUCCUCACAAUAUUCUUAGCAAUGAAUAGCCUGAAUGAAAAAAAACGAAAACCUUUAUCUUUUUUCUCAGUCUUAUGGGGGUGUUAAUUUUCCUACUAAGUUUUGAUUUUUCUUUUUAACUUGGAAUUUGAAGUCAUUUCUUUGAUCGCCGUUUGGAUUUUACAGCCUCGGGUGGGCUAGAAAUAUGAGUGCUGGCAUCAUUACUGCAGGCAGCCAGAGGACGUGAAUGUCAGCGUCCCUCCUGCCACCAAGCCUGCCCGUGGGUGGUCUUCAGUCUGCCCGCACGGUGGUCUUUAGGUCACCCAGGCCCGACAACACAGAAAGGGAAACCAGCAGCUUACAAGCCAGUCCUGAUACGCUAAGUAUUUUAGGGCUGGAGGGGUUUUCUUUGGGGGAUGUCAUUUGACUUGAUAAUUAAACCCAGGAAGAGGAUAGACUACUCCCAAAGUAUAAUGAACAUAUUACAUAACCGUGCGACCUUUGGGUAUAUUUCUGACUCAGGACCCACUCUGUAGGGGAUUUAGAGCACAAAACAGCAUUCUCGCCUUGAGAAAGACUGCCUUUGAAAGUCAGUAUUUCCGCAGUGGCUGCUCCUUCCCAGCUGGCUGAUCUUCCGGCGGCCCCUGGAGGGCGUGUGGGGGGCGUGUCUCCUCCGCCUCCCUGCAUGGUGGGCAAGGAAGCAGCCUCUCUGCUCAUCCACUCCCUAGUCCUGAGUCACGGGUGUAGACAGGGCGUCUCUCGGAGAGCUCUUUGUUUGCCAGUUUAUUUUCAUGAAACUCUUGAAAUUAGAUGAUAUGACGGAGCUUUCUGUGUAAUUGACAUUGCUACAAAACUCUCCCUUCCCCACCGCCCCACGUUACCUUUAAAUGUCUAUGGAUCUUAUUCCUGGGUUGGAAGACUGUGCUAUUAAGGUGUCGGUUCUCUCCCAAAUUAAUGCAGCCCAGUCAAGAAUCCCAACAGUCCCCCUUCUCUUUUUAAAGACAUUGACCAGCUAAUUCUAAAACUGAUACAGAAAUGCAAAGAACCUAGAAUAGCUAAGAUAACUCUGAAUAAAGAAUAAUGUUGGAAGACUAACACCACCCAACUUCAAGACUUAAUAUGGAUUUCUAUGGAUCAGUUGAACUCCUCCCCCCCCCCACAAAUAGCAACCUACCUAGAUGAAGAAAUUUAUAGUGCAGUCUCUUAGCUAUAAUAUUUGAUAUGACAGGCUCUUGUCAGUUUGAAAGUAUUUGGAGUCAUAUUCCUGAAAUCCUCAAAAACACUGUCGUUAAAGCAAAGAGAAGAUAACUGAGAUGCAGGGGAAAUCUAUAUUCAUCAUUCGGAGACCAAACAGACUUAAGAGGUUAUGCUGAAAACUAGGCUUUUCAGUUUUUAUAUUUAGUCAUUUGAACAUUCUCGAUGCCCCUUUCAGUUUAUUUUCAGCUGGGUUUAUUUUUCCAAAAUAACUCCACACUUCUUCGAAGUAAUUUGAAUGUGGGCUCACAGCUCACGUGAGGUAAACGGCAGCAGUGCAGGAGCCUCUUCUGCAGCGGAGGGGACCCUACUGGUCGUGCAGCGUACGGGGUUGGGAUUCUGCGGAGAAAUUCAAUUACGUAUUUACCCGUCAGAACUGUGGUUUGUAUUUCUUCUGAGAAAACUGUGUAACCCUAUGUAGAACCUCCAAAGAGAGCUAGUAAAGUUCAUGUGAAUGACGUUCAUAUAUCAGAGACAUUUAAAAUGUUGUGCAAUUCUCAUUUUUAACAGUCGGUCGGGAGGAAAGCAGUGUCGAGCAUGCAGUUAAGGAAGGUGUAGAAAGACGGAAGGUGGGAAGUGAAGGUAUUCCUCACUCAGUACGUAGAAGUGUAUUUAUAAGGCUUUUUCUAUAUUUAGGAAAAGAACUGACAAUGCUGUGUACAUGAAGUAUUUUCCCUUUUUUCCCCCUGUCAUUCCAGCUUGUGAUGGUGAAGACAAAGGAAUCUGGUCCCUCAGGAGACUUUGAUGAGUUCUGUCCUAAAUUAAGUAGUGAAAGCGUGCACUCUUACCGUGCGCCCACCCUGAUGUUGCCUCCCCACUUCCUGAAUAGAUUGGGCCUUUCAGAGCUGCUGUCCCGCUGCGGACAGAGACCGGAUCUUUCCGGCUCCCAUCUCCGCGGAGGUGUCCAGGGCAGCAUUUCCAUCUGUCUUGUCCACCCCACCAUCAACACCAUGCUUACCAGCACACCCCUCCACCAGGGUCACUCGUCCAGGGUGACCGUCUGCAUGACGUCUCUCUCCUGCCGCCCAUGUUUCUGAUUUUUUUUUUUAACCUUUGUGGCUUGUGUAACUGCUCUCUGCUUUACACCCUGGUUUUAAAUGGUUACAUAGGAAGACUCAGCAGGUCCCUCACUCUCUCUCUCUCCUUCCAGAAGUUUCCCUGGUCACAUUUGCCUUCUCAAUUUGCAUUUGUUGGUUUGCAGCUCCCAGGUUUUUACUAUCGCCUUUUUCUAUGAAAAUGUUUCUUCUCUUUGGAAUGCCUGUCGGCGGCAGUUAUUAAAUAUUUCAAGUAUCUGAAAUGCUUUUGUUUUGCUUCACUUUGCCUUGAUUUACAACUCAACAUGGGACGGACAUAAAAUUCAGGGUGGAAUUUCCCUCUGAGGUUCUCCUGGGUCGAAGGCAAACAGGCUUCACCGAUGCGAGCACUUUUACAAGGGGCGUGACCAUGACGGGCAGCCCCUCGGGGACUGGGGCCUCCAGUCUCCCGACGUGCUGGCGGUCCUGAAGCCAUCUUACACCAGUUUCCGGGACAGAAAAUCAGAAUUCCUGCCUUUAGCCAUAAAUGAACCUUAAUAACCAAAUAACAUUUCUAGAAACAAUCCUAAAAUGAUGUGACACAAAAUUCUUUCCAAACCUUGACAUUGCUAUGGUUUUCAUAGAUAAAUUUGCAAAGAACCGUUAAGAAAUAGUAGCUCUGCAAAACUGCACUUUUCAUAUAUGGUUUCUGCAAGCCCCUGAAUAUUUUUUUUAAAGCACAGAGAAGCAUCCUUUGCAUAUCAUACCAGCGGUGCUGGCAAGCUGGCCACUCGGGGGAGUGUCAGAGAUGUGUGCUUUUUGCUAUCAAGUGGUUGACUUAGUACAAGUGUUUUCUGGUAGCUGUUUGCUCAGCACCACCCGAGUACUUCUAUUUAAGUACCAUCUCCCUUUUGCUGGAGACACUUAAAAAGGAAGUUGUGGUUCUUGUCAAAGUUCCUCACAAACCGGCUGCCUCUUGGUACAUACGGUAACUUUGAUGGCUUCUUGUUUUGUUUCAGAUAUACUGGUAUUGAUGCAAUGGCCCUACUUCAAAAUUGAAUAAUUUAACUAUUAUUCGUGGAAAUGGAUGCUGUUGGUAUCUAAACUCCCCGUAUUUCAGACCACCCUUUCUCUGCAGACACAAUUCUCUAAAUCCCCAUGCAAACAGGGGCUCAUUUAAUUUUUUUCCUUCUUUUUUUUCCCCUAGUAAGACCAAAAUGUCCUAAGUUUAGGGAAAAAAUGGAAUGGAGAGGGGAGUCUUAUAUCGUACCCUUAAUGUUAGGAAAUUUUAUGUAGAUAAUUAAAUGUAUAGUUUUUCUAAGUUCUAGAAGGUUUUCCCCCUACAUGACCUACUUAAUACCUCUCAUUUUAAGUAUCUUUUUUCAAAUUUAAUAGAAGUUUUAGACCUGUUGCUGGCUUUGAGUCCAGUUUAAAUGUGUUGUUCAUUCUUUCUUUUUAUCUACCUCCAAGGGAAAUUUCGACUUCCUGAAAUGCCUCUGUAAGGGACACAACCAUAAAAUGGUUUCGGUGACAUUUUAUGAACUAGGAAGAUUUUGCCAUUUAUGAGAUGUACUAAAGCUGAUGAAUUUGCAAAACAGAGGUAUCCAAUACCCUGGGCAAAACUGCACCUUUUAGAAGACCGCGAUGCCAACACCGCGCACUCGGUCCCUGGGUUAUCUCUUAAUAGACGAGGCGUCCCCCCUCGGUCACUGCGGGGGUGAGGGCCACCCCGCCCUCUGGGCGUCCGGAGUCCUCAGGGGGGCCCCGGAGCGUGGGCUGCGCCAGCUCAGAGCAGAGCGAGCUCACCUCCGGGUUGCCCGGUCUGUCGCCAACGCCGUGCGUUUCCA